AUGCCCGAAGAGACAACUAAUGGCUGCCAUUGCGACAAUGGAAAGGUUGGACCCAGCAGACGGGAAGCAGAGCUCGAGUACUACGCAGAGAUGCGUCGAUCGUGCAAGGCGGCUGUAGACAAGGCGGUUGAAUAUUUGGAAUCCAUUGAGUCAUACCGCCCAUUUCCGCUUGUGGAGCCAGGAUUUCUCAUACCCCAGCUUCCUAGGGAUCCCCCUGAAGAAGGAGUGCCAAUGGAAACAAUAUUCAGUGAUGUCGACAAAUACCUACUCCCUGGGGUUACGCACUGGAACCAUCCCCAUUUCCAUGCAUACUUUCCAAUGGCCAAUUCCUAUCCCGCUGUGUGUGCUGAUAUUAUUGGCAGUGAAAUUGGAGGAGUAGGAUUCACUUGGGCUGCUUCGCCGAUUAGCACAGAGCUCGAAGUGAUUAUGAUGGAUUGGUUAGUGAAAAUGCUAGGCCUUCCCGAUUUCUUCCUGUACAAUCGUGCAGGUGGUGGAGGUGUAAUUGGGACAACAUGCAGCGAACAGACGAUAGUAACCAUGAUGGCAGCUCGUAACAAGGCGAUUGACAAGUAUGUGUCCCAGCAUACAGGGGCUACGAAAUUUGAGGCUAUGUCAAAACUCAUCUGUUAUACGUCUAGCCAGGCUCACAGCUCGGUAGAAAGGGCCGCUCUGCUUAAUCUUCUUCCGAUACGAAGUCUCCCGGUCAACGAAAAAUACGAACUCACUGGUGAAAUCCUCGAAAAAGCCGUCAAAGAAGAUAUUUCUAACGGACUGGUACCAUUCUAUUGCGUUGCAACGCUGGGAACUACCGGCUGCUGUAGUUUUGACUGUCUGGAUGAGAUUGGACCAGUUUGCGAGAAGUUCGACAUUUGGCUCCACGUGGACGCUGCCUACGCGGGAUCUGCAUUCAUCUGUCCGGAAUUUCGACCUUACUUGAAAGGCGUAGAGGUUGUGUAUCCAGAUAGUCUGUUUCUUUGUAUCUUCAACCAAAAGGACCAACAACUAAUCCACAUGUACAAAGACGCUAAAAGCGUGACCAGAGCCUUCAGUACAGAUGCCGAAUAUUUGAAGUACUCCGAGUCGGGUAAAAUGCCAGACCAUAGGAACUGGAACUUGUCGUUCGGAAAACGAUUUAGAUCCCUUAAGCUCUGGUUUGUCAUUCGAAGAUUUGGGAUUCAUGGCCUGCAGGAAUAUAUUCGUCAGCACGUACGAAUGGCGAAGUAUCUGGAAUCAAUAAUUAGAGAGGAUCCUCGUUUCCAAAUAAUUGGUGAAGUCACUUUGGGCCUUGUCUGCUUCCGAAUUAAGGACAAUAAUGAACUUACUAAGUUUCUCCACAAACGGAUUGAACAGGAUGGAAGAAUUCACGUAGUUACCGAUAAGGUUGUCACUGCAAGCAACGAGGAAAUGUUCUACAUUCGAAUAGCCAUUGUAUACCUUUUCACUGACGAAGAUAUUUGCCGCUAUGCCUAUAAAGUCAUUUCCGAGAUUACAACCCAGCUCUUAGCAACUGAACUCCACAAAUCACCCAACACCCAAGCAAUAUCCUCAAAUUAG